AUGAGCUGUCUGGAUGUUAUGUAUCAAGUGUAUGGUCCUCAGCCUUAUUUUGCAGCAGCGUACACUCCUUACCAUCACCAGAAAUUAGCCUUUUACUCGAAAAUGCAAGAGGCGGCGGACAGCACGAACAUCAGUGGAACAUUUUCUGUGCACGGCUCUGCCAUCAAAGAGGAAGACUCGGCCAGCGAGAAAGAGCGUCCACCUGAAGCGGAAUACCUCAGCUCCCGCUGCGUCCUCUUCACAUACUUCCAGGGUGACAUUAGCAGCGUUGUUGAUGAACAUUUCACAAGGGCACUGAGCCAGCCCAGCAGUUAUACUCCUGCCAGCAGCGGCUCCAAAUCCUCUAGAGGAAGUACGAGUUCUUGGAGAGAGGGAACUUUCCCAAUGAACCAACGGGGUUUUCCUCCUUCUUUCUGGAACAGCACUUACCAGCCCUCUAUGUCUGCAAGCUUAAGUAGCAGUCUAGGUAAUGCCCUAGCAGGAGCUCCCUCUGAGCUGCCCUUUGGAGCUGACCCAUACUCAAGUGCCUCUUUGCACACACAUCUGCAUCAAGGAGCCCCUGAGCCCUGGCACCACCAUCACUACUCAUUGGGAAGUGCCAUCAGUACACAGAGCUCUGUCUACACACGGCCUAGUAUGCAUGAUGUAUAUGGGGUUGGUGCACCUUUUGACCCACGCUACAGUUCACUAUUGGUACCUUCAGUGAGGCCACACAGGCUUCCUGCUGUCCCUACACCCCAAUGUGACCUGGCAAAGAGUGACACGGCCUCUGCAUGGACCACAGGGGCCUUUACAGGGCCCUCCACUGACAUGAGCCAAACCCUCAACAUCAAUGUGGAUGCAGCUCGCCGCUACUCCCUUUGUGGUGGAUCCCUGUUAAGCUGA